GUGACCGCCAACCGCCGACCGGCAUCCUUGGCCCGAAACAGCGUCCGAGAGAGGAACGGCGUACUUGUUGGGAUAAUCUCAUAACUGAAAUCUCCUUCUUUCUUUACUUGCCUCCCUGUCCUUUCUUUCAUCAGCAUUCGGCUUUGCUGCCGCCAAUGGCGGCUGUAUUUUUCCCAUCAAAGGCUCGGUGGGCUUAUCUCCUCUCUCUUUCCCGCUACCCUACGAGAAAUCUCUUCACCUCUCUCGGCCCCAAACCACGAAUUAUCCACUCCGUCAAACUCUUCUCGCUUCCCAAUCUCGAUUUCCCGUUCCUCUCUCGCACUUUUUCUGCUAAUCCCAUCAUGGGAGAUCGAAUCGUCCAAGAGCUUCUUGCUGAGGUGGAGAGAGAGAAGCAGCUCGAGAGGGAGGAGCGGAGAAAGAAGGGAUUGGAGCCCUUGGAUGAUGAAAAUGAGGAUUACAUGGGGGUCGGGCCUCUCAUAGAAAAGCUCGAGAGAAGGAAGACCAAAGAACUCGAAAACAUCGAACAGUUCUGGGAGCCCACUGAUUCCGACAGCGACGAGGACGAUGAGCGGUACUCCCCGGAAGAGCUACAGAGGAACGUAGAUAUUUUCGAAAAAAAGUGCAAGCGGCACGCUGAGUUGCUCAAGAACUUCGCUGAAGCUGAAACGCUUGAUGAUGCACAUAAGUGGAUGACUAAAAUUGACAAAUUUGAGGAGAGACAUUUGAAAUUGCCAUUGGAAUAUAGGGUUAUAGGAGAUAUGAUGAACCGUUUGAAGGAAUCCAUGGGAAAGGAAAGAUUCAUUCUGCUUCAAAAGCUAAAUCGGGCUGUGAAGUUGAUGGAAAUCAAGGAAGCCUAUGACCCGAACAAUCCUGCAAACUUUGGACUCAUAAAACACCAGCAAGUUGGUUCACCUGAUGAUCUUGUAGAUAGUGCUGGCUUUGAGAAAGAGAGGCAAAUGAUCCAAGGUUCUGGUCUGGAUGAAGAUGAAAAAGAUUUUAGUGAAUCAAAGGAGCAAGAUGAUGCUUAUACAGAGAAACUUAACAUCAUUGAAAAGAAACUUGAAGAGAAGUUAGCACAGCUUGACCAUGCCUUUGGUAAGAAGGGUAGAGUUUUGGAAGAGGAAAUUAGGGAGCUAGUGGAGGAGAGAAAUGCUCUAACUGAGAAGAAAAGAAGACCUCUCUAUAGGAAGGGUUUUGAUGUAAAGGUAAUUGAUGUCAAUCGGACAUGUAAAGUCACGAAGGGAGGUCAAAUUGUAAAGUAUAUGGCACUGCUAGCUACAGGGAACUUCCAUGGGGUCAUUGGUUUUGCAAAAGCUAAAGGUCCAACUGCUAAAAUCGCCAUUCAGAAGGCAUACGAGAAAUGUUUCCAGAAUCUUCAUUAUGUAGAGCGAUAUGAAGAACAUACUAUUGCUCAUGCUAUUCAGUCCAAAUAUGGGAAAACCAAGAUAUACCUCUGGCCUGGUCCAAGGAGAAGCGGGAUGUCAGCUGCUGUCAAAACGGUUGAAACUGUCUUGUAUUUGGCAGGCUUUUGCAAUGUGAAGUCUAAGAUUAUUGGCUCAAGAAAUCCGCUGAAUGUCAUAAAGGCUCUUUUUAUAGCACUAAAUGCUAUCGAAACUCCCAAGGAUAUUCAGCAGAAGUUUGGAAGAACGGUUGUGGAGACGUACUUGCUAUAGUGAACGCUAAAUGUUUCUAGUAGUUGAAUCCUCAACAUUUUUGCAUCGUUAUGACACUGGAGGCUUUUUAAGAAGUGCACGGAAAAGCUAACAAAUGGCUGGGUUCCAAGAAGUGAGGACUCUUAUAUGGGCUUUAAUUGUUUUAUUUAUUUCUUUAUAUAAUGAUAAUGAGACUUAAUUGAGUAAAUGUAGAUUGCUUGGUUUUUUGUAUGUAUGGCGCUUUUUGACUGGAUGAUCAUAAGCUUUCUCGUUUAAAAAUUGAUAAAAAAAAUUUUUGAUGCCCGCCCUCAGCUCUGUAUGGCGUAGUUGAUAAGACAAGUGAGAAGAAAGUGGAAGUAUUACAGGACUGCGAGCAUUCAAAUAAAGUAGCUUAAGGUCAUCUCUCCAAGGAAGACGAAGACAGAUUUGGAAAGCUAUAAUGUGUGCUUAAAGCUCAGGAUUGCUUGAUAUGUUGAUAAAAUUUCAAAAAAAGGAUGUUCCUUUUUCCCUAACUCUUGUUGGUUAAUUUUUGUUGCCACAUCUGAAUUUGGAUGUUAUCCGUAAGUUUUUUGUUAGCUUAAAAUUGUAUGGAGCAUUUCAUGUUGGUUUGCUAGAUCCAUUACAUGUUGCUAUUCAAUUGACGAAUGAUCACGAUUAUAGUUGUAUUUUUGCGCGUAAAUCAUAUUAUAUACAA